UCUCUGUCCUGCACAGGUGAGCGCUGUGGGCUAUGGGAUGGAUGAGGUGGAGCAGAACCAGCAUGAGGCCCGACUCAAGGAGCUGUUUGACAGUUUUGACACGACGGGCACUGGGUCUCUGGGACAGGAGGAACUCACCGACCUUUGCCACAUGCUGAGCUUGGAGGAGGUGGCCCCGGUGCUGCAGGAGACGCUGCUUCAGGACAACCUCUUGGGCAGGGUGCAUUUUGACCAAUUUAAAGAAGCAUUAAUACUUAUCCUGUCUAGAACUCUAUCAAAUGAAGAGCACUUUCAGGAACCAGACUGCUCCCUAGAAGCUCAGCCCAAAUAUGUUAGAGGUGGGAAGCGUUACGGACGGAGGUCCUUACCGGAGUUUCAAGAGUCUGUGGAGGAGUUUGCAGAGGUGACCGUGAUUGAGCCCCUCGAAGAGGAAGCUAGGCCUUCGCACAUCCCGGCCGGUGACCGCCACGAGCACUGGAAGACGCAACGCAGUGAGGAAUACGAAGCAGAAGGCCAGCUAAGGUUUUGGAACCCAGAUGAUUUGAGUGCUUCCCAAAGUGGGUCUUCCCCUCCCCAAGACUGGAUAGAACAGAAGCUACAGGAGGUUUGUGAAGAUCUGGGGAUUACCCGUGAUGGUCACCUGAACCGAAAGAAGCUGGUCUCCAUCUGUGAGCAGUAUGGUUUGCAGAAUGUCGAUGGAGAGGUGCUUGAGGAAGUCUUCCAUAAUCUUGAUCCUGACGGGACCAUGAGUGUAGAAGACUUUUUCUACGGCUUGUUCAAACAUGGGAAAUCCCUCACGCCAUCCGCAUCGACUCCGUACAGACAGUUGAAAAGGCAUCUCUCCAUGCAGUCUUUCGAUGAGAGUGGGCGACGUACGAUUCCGUCGGCGAUGACCAGUACCAUCGGCUUUCGGGUCUUCUCCUGCCUGGAUGACGGGAUGGGCUGCGCGUCGGUGGAGAGGAUCCUCGACACCUGGCAGGAGGAGGGCAUUGAGAACAGCCAGGAGGUCCUGAAGGCCUUGGAUUUCAGCCUUGAUGGAAAUGUCAACUUGACAGAAUUGACCCUGGCCCUUGAAAAUGAACUUUUGGUCACCAAGAACAGCAUUCACCAGGCAGCUCUGGCCAGCUUUAAAGCUGAGAUCCGGCAUUUGCUGGAGCGUGUUGAUCAAGUGGUCAGAGAAAAAGAGAAGCUACGGUCAGAUCUGGACAAAGCUGAGAAGCUCAAGUCUCUAAUGGCCUCAGAAGUGGACGAUCACCAUGCGGCCAUAGAGCGGCGGAAUGAAUACAACCUCAGGAAACUGGAUGAAGAGUACAAGGAGCGCAUAGCAGCCUUGAAGAAUGAACUCCGGAAGGAGAGAGAGCAGAUCAUGCAGCAGGUGGGCAAGCAGCGUUCGGAACUUGAGCAGGAAAUUGAAAAGGCAAAAACGGAAGAGAACUACGUCCGGGACCGCCUUGCCCUCUCUUUAAAGGAAAACAGUCGUCUAGAAAAUGAGCUGCUGGAAAAUGCUGAGAAGUUGGCAGAGUAUGAGAAUCUGACAAACAAACUUCAACGAAAUUUGGAAAAUGUGUUAGCAGAAAAGUUUGGUGACCUCGAUCCCAGCAGUGCUGAAUUCUUUCUGCAAGAAGAGAGGCUGACGCAGAUGAGAAAUGAGUAUGAGCAGCAGUGCAGGGUAUUACAAGACCAAGUGGAUGAACUCCAGUCCGAGCUGGAAGAAUAUCGUACACAAGGCAAAGCUUUCAGACUUUCCUUGAAGAACCCACUGUCGGAAGAACUUGAUGUUAACAGUGGUUGCCUUGAACCUGACCAGGGGCUUGAUUCUGAAGAAUGCAAUCCAAUGAAUAUGAGCAUCGAGGCAGAGCUGGUCAUUGAACAGAUGAAAGAACAUCAUCACAGGGACUUAUGUCAUCUAAGACUGGAACUUGAAGAUAAAGUGCACCACUAUGAAAAGCAGCUGGAUGCAGUCAAGGCUGCCUGUGACAGGGAGCAGGAGAGCAUGAAGCAGAAGCAUGAGAAUGAAGUGCACGUCUUGGAAAAACAAAUAAGUGACCUUAAAAAUGAAGUUGCGGAACUUCAGGGCCAGGCAGCGGUGCUCCAGGAGGCACAACAUACGACUAACUGCAGACACGAGGAGGAGAAGAAACAACUGCAGGUGAAGUGGGAGGAGGAGAAGACUCUCCUGCAGGAGAGGCUGAGGCUGGAACAUGAGACGGAGCUCAAGGACCGGCUGGAGCAGGCGGAGGAGAGCUGGAACCGAGACAGGGAAGGACUCCUUCGAAAUGGCGCCUGGACAGAAGAGAAGGUGAGGGGCUUGACUCAGGAACUAGAGCAGUUCCACCAGGAGCAGCUGAAAAGCCUGGUGGAGAAGCACACUCUUGAGAAAGAGGAGUUGCGAAAAGAGCUCUUGGAAAAACACCAAAGGGAACUUCAAGAGGGAAGGGAAAAAAUGGAAACUGAGUGUAAUAGAAGAACCUGUCAGAUAGAAGCCCAGUUUCAGGCUGAUUGUCAGAAAGUCACUGAGAGAUGCGAAAAUGCUCUGCAGAGCCUGGAGAGGCACUACCGCCAAGAGCUGAGGGAGCUCCUGGAACAGCAAUGCGAGGAGAGGUCUCAGUGGCAGUUUGAGAAGGACGAGCUCACCCAGGAGUGUGCCGAAGCCCAGGAGCAGCUUAAAGAGACUCUCCAGAGGGAGAAAGCAACUUCCCUGGUCUUGACCCAGGAGAGAGAGAUGCUGGAGAAAACAUACAAAGAACACUUGAAUAGCAUGGUUGUUGAGAGAGAGCAGCUACUCAACGACCUGAAAGAUCUAAGAAAUGUGUCGGAAAGUCAGCAAAGCCUACUGUCCAACCAGAUACUUGAGCUGAAAAGCAGCCACGAAAGGGAGCUGAAGGACCGUGAGCAGGUCCUGUGCCAGGCAGGCGUCUCGGAGCAGCUGGCCAACCAGCGGCUCGAAAGGCUGGAAAGGGAGCGUGACCAGGAGAGGCAGGAACUGAUGGCCAAGCUUCUGGCCAUGGAGAGCGUCCACCAAGUGACCUGCGAGAAAGCAGAUCGAGACAGGGCCGAGAUGAGCACAGAGAUCUCCCGGCUUCAGAAUCAAAUCAAGGAAAUGCAGCAGGUGGCGCCUCCUCCCUCCAGGCUGCAGAACGGCUGCCAGGAAGCAGGAGGCGAGGAGGCAGAAGGAAGUGGAGCCAUGUCCCUGCUCCAGCAAGGACAGCAGCUGCUGGAAGAGAAUGGAGACGUCCUCUUGAGCCUGCAGCGAGCCCACGAACAGGCAGUGAAGGAAAAUGUGAAAAUGGCCACUGAAAUUUCUAGAUUGCAGCAGAGGCUGCAAAAAUUAGAGCCAGGGUCAGUAAUGUCAUCUUGUUUAGAGGAGCCAGCUACUGGAUUUUUUGGAAAUUCUGUGGAACGAACAGAGCCGUUUUUACUGCAAAACCGAAUGAAGCAAGUAGAAGGUAUAACCAGGCGGCGCAUCCUCAGCGACCCGCAAGACGAUGAGGUCCGGGACCUGGGAAGCACAGGGACGAGCUCUGUUCAGAGACAGGAAGUCAAGAGAGAGGAGUCUGAAGCGUCAAUGGAGAGUUUUUCUGAGCUUGAAAACAGUGAGGAGACCAGGACCGAGACCCGGGACCUGAAGAAUCAGAUUUGUCAGCUUCAGGAACAGUUAAUGACCUUACGUGCAGACUGCGAUCGAGCUUCUGAAAAGAAACAGGAUCUCCUUUUCGAUGUUUCUGUGCUGAAAAAGAAACUAAAUGUGCUUGAAAGAAUCCCCGAGGCUUCUCCCAAGUAUAAAUUGCUGUACGAAGAUGCCAGCAGAGAAAAUGACUGUCUGCAGGAAGAGCUGAGAGUGCUGGAGACACACUACGAUGAAGCCCUGGAAAACAACAAGGAACUCGCUUCAGAAGUUUUCAGGUUGCAGGACGAGCUGAAGAAAGUGGAAGAAGCGACCGAAACAUACCUUAGCCUGGAGAAGAGUUACGACGCGGUCAAAAGAGAAAACGAGGAGCUGCGUGUUGUGGUUUUGAGACUUCAAGGCAAGGUCGAGAGGCUGCGGGAAAGGGCGGCGCUGCAGUGUGCCUGCUUCUCCCUGUGGGAGGCGCACUUGGAGAGCCUGGGCGCGCAGCCUGACCAAAGGGCGCUCGGCCCGCAUCCGGCCCUGGGAGAGCGCGCGCCCGAGGUCCCGGGUGGGCACCAGGUUAUAGAAGAGUGUUACCAGGAAAACCAGUACCUUGAGCAGGAGAGCCCGCAGACCCCGGGCAAAGUAAAGGCCCGUGAAAUUGCCUGGCUGCACACAACGAUCCGGACUCACGGCGAAAAGCCCGGAGAGCAGGACCGAGUCAUCGUGGAGGAAAACGCCGCUCUCCUAGGCCUUCACGACAAACAUCUUCAGCGUCAGGCCGUGAUAGCAGAGUUAGAACUGGAGAAAACAAAGCUGCAGGAGCUCACCAGAAAGCUGAGGGAGAGAGUCACUAAUUUAGUUAAGCAGAAAGAUGUGCCUUCCCAAGGAGGAAAGGAGGAAGAGCUGAAGGCAACGAUGCACGACCUGCAGAUCACGUGCAGUGAGAUGCAGCAGAAAGUUGAGCUUCUGAGAUAUGAAUCUGAGAAGCUUCAAGAGGAAAAUUCUAUUUUGAGAAAUGAAAUUACUAGUCUAAACGAAGAAGACAGCAUUUCUGACCUGCAAUUGGAGGCAUUAAAUGGAUCUCAGGAAGAAAUGCGGCAAAAUAUAGAAACUGUAAAACAGGAAAAAGCCGAAGUUCAGAAGAUAGUUGAAAAUUUAAAGAAACAGAUUUCAGAAUUAAAAACCAAAAACCAACAGUUGGAUUUGGAAAAUACGGAACUUAGCCAAAAGAACUCUGAAAAUCAGAAAGAACUGCAAGAACUUAAUCAACGGCUGGCAGAAGUGCUAUGCCAGAAGGAGGAGCCAGGACCCAGCACGGCCGAGGAACGGGAAGGAGAAAAGUCGAAUCUGAAAGAGGAGCUGGAACACUGUAAAGCGCAGUCUUCCACUUUAGUGUCUUCUCUGGAAGCAGAACUUUCUGAAGUUAAAAUACAGACUCAUAUUGUGGAACAGGAAAACUUCCUUCUCAAAGACGAACUGGAGAAAAUGAAACAACUGCACAGAUGUCCCGAUCUCUCAGACUUCCAGCAAAAAAUUUCUAGUGUUCUAAGCUACAGUGAAAAACUGCUGAAAGAAAAGGAAGCUCUAAGUGAAGAAUUAAAUAGCUGCGUUGAUAAGUUGGCGAAGUCAAGUCUUCUAGAGCACAGAAUAGCUACUAUGAAGCAAGAACAGAAGUCUUGGGAACACCAGAGUGAAAGCUUGAAGUUGCAGCUGGCAGCUUCACAGGAAAAGGUUCAGAGUUUAGAGGACACACUGCAGAAUGUAAACCUGCAAAUGUCCCGGAUUAAAUCCGACCUACGAGCGACUCAGCAGGAAAAGGAGGGUUUGAAACAAGAAGUGAUGUCUUUACAGAAGCAGCUUCAGAAUGCUGGUGACAAGAACUGGGUCCCAGAAGUAGCCACCCCACCGUCAGGAUUCCAGAACCAGCAGCCACGGCUGUCUUGGGACAAGUUGGAUCAUCUGAGGAAUGAGGAACAGCAGCUGCUUUGGCAAGAGAACGAGAGACUCCAGACUGUGGUGCAGAGCACCAAGGUGGAGCUCGCACACUCCCGGGAGAAGGUCCGUCAUCUGGAAUCCAGCCUUCUCCCCCUCAAACACCAAAAACAUGUAAACACAUCAGGUACUGUGAAGCCCACAGAGCAGGAGAAGCUGAGCUUAAAAAGAGAGUGUGAACAGUUGCAAAAGGAAAGAUCUCCUGCAAAUAGGAAGGUCAGUCAAAUGAAUUCCCUUGAACGAGAAUUAGAAACAACUCAUUUGGAAACAGAAGGCCUGAAAAAGAAACAAGUAAAACUGGAUGAACAGCUAAUGGAGAUGCAGCACCUGAGGUCCACUGUGAUGCUUAGCCCACCCCCUCACGCUUGGGAUCUGCAGCUGCUCCAGCAGCAAGCCUGUCCGGUGGUGCCCAGGGAGCAGUUUCUGCAGCUUCAACACCAGCUGCUGCAGGGAGAAAGGAUAAACCAGCACCUGCAGGAGGAGCCUGAAAACAGAACCUCUGAAACCAACACACCACAGGGAAACCAGGAACUACUAGUAACUGUCAUGGAGGAACGAAUGAUGGAAGUUGAACAGAAAUUGAAACUGGUGAAAAGGCUUCUUCAGGAGAAAGUGAAUCAGCUCAAAGAACAACUCUGCAAGAAUACUAAAGCAGAUGCAGUGGUGAAGGAUUUGUAUGUUGAAAAUGCCCAGUUGUUGAAAGCUCUGGAAAUGACUGAGCAGCGACAAAAAACAGCUGAAAAGAAAAAUUACCUCCUAGAAGAGAAGAUUGCCAGCCUCAGUAAUAUAGUCAGGAAUCUGACACCAGCACCAUUGACUUCUACACCUCCCUUGAGGUCAUAGCAAAGCCAAAGGAUACACUCUUGUUUGUGCACUUUACUGAAAUGGGUGGAACAUUUCAGUAGAUUCUCUCAACCUUUUUUUUUUUUUUUAAUUUAAAAAACCUUUAAUGGCUUCAACCUAAAACUUGCAGCAACAGAAUUGGAGUCUCCAUUCAUUGUAAUGAGUUUCCUAAGUAGACUGUAGUGGGAGUUGCCAACAAAUAUUUACAUAUUUCACUGUUUGAAGUAUUCCCAGGUUUUGAAUUUUUUUAAAUAUUCUAGUAGUCACCAAGAAGGUAGAUACUGAAAACAAUUCAUGAACCUUAAACCCCAGUUUUGAAUGAGGUUUUUUAUAUAAUUAUUAAGUUCCAGAUAUUUUAAGUUUGAGAUCUAAUUCAUUUUGUUGUUUUGAUCUUUAUGUUAAACCAAAUGUAUGCUUCCUUAGCAUUUAAAUAUGGGAGUCAUUCUCUUUCUAAUAGUUUCAUUCUUUGAAUUAAUUGGUAGACUUUCUGCUUGGUAACAGAAACUGGACUCAAUAACCGCUGAAGUAAAGAAAAGCCUGAGUUCUUAGAACUCUACCUUCUAACACCUAUGACAGUAUUAUCACUCUUGAUGUAUUAUAGGUAUAAAACUGAUUUACUCAACUGCACUGUUAACUAAUGUUAAAACUGUACUUUCUUUAAACAGCCUUUUUUUUCCUUAUAAGUUUCAUUUGGGAGCUUGUCUUAUAAAAAAUAGAUAAAGCCACAUUAUUAAAGGAUUUGAGCUAUGGGGAAAGCAUUGGACAAACCACUUUGGAAAAAAGCUACUAGAAGAGAGAGAAGUACACAGUGUGGGUUUUCUCUCUCUCUAAAGUCUUGGAAUGCAUGAAAUUACAUUUGGGGCUGCCUCAAGAACUCAGGGAACAAUACUUUAAACUGUCGUCCUGAAAUAACAUACGGCCUCUUUAAGAA